CCUUUUUCGUGUAAUUUUAAAUCCUCCAGCUAAAGUUGAGACUGUUACAAUAUUUUUCUGUUGGGGUUGGGACAACAAACAUCUAGUUUAAUUGUAACCAAGCUUACAUGUCAUCUGCAGUUAACGGAACUCUCCAUAUCUACUUCACAAUCGGUUGCAAUUUGUUUUCCGAGAUGAGCAAACUACACUGUUUACCCAAUACCGAAUUAUCUGAAUAUUGCUUAAAUAUUUUGGCCAAAUAUGAUAUACACUUGGUGGGUGAGUUCCUCAAGCAGACUACGGAAAAGUUAAUGAAAAUUCUCAAUCUAAAUGCUGCACAAAUUCAAAAAAUUAAAACUGAACUGAAACGUCGUUAUGGACCUGUACGAAUAGAUUUGGCAGCGAAACUAAGAAGGUGUGACGAAAACACUGGUGAAAGUGAGUGUGUUGCAAAUUUCAUCCUCAGCGAUGAGAAACAAACAUUGGCGAUUAAAUCAAAUAGUAGAUGCUACUACACACUGAUCGGACCAUUGGAUGAUUUAUUGGCUCCAAACGUAGUUGCAUGUAGAACACGUGGAAAUUCCUCAUAUUUCCUAGGUUCCAGUCAUUUAACAAGUAAAAUGAUGUGGGAGAUAUGUGGUCCUUCUGGUGUGGGAAAGACACAAAUGGCAUUAACGUUAGCCUGCAAUUUUAUACAGUUACACCAACGUGAAGUGUUGUAUGUAGAUACCAAAUUGGAUUUUUGUGCUACGCGUGUAAAAAAUAUUCUAACUGCACGUCAGCUGAAAAAGGAUGUGACAGCUGGAACAUUGGAAGCCAUUAAAGUCGAAAGAGUGUUAUCGGCACAAGGUUUAGUGGAAAUCUUAAAUACACUUUAUGUGGAACUAAAAAAUGGCAGCAGUUGUGUAAAGAAUAUCAGGCUAAUUAUAAUUGACUCCUUGCCAGCCGUUUGGUUUCUGCUUAAAGCUGAUGCCAAUCGUUUGGCCGGCAAAUGUCUGCUAUCACGAUUGGCUCAGAUAUUGUACAGGCUGUGUGAUGAAUUCCAUAUUGGUGUUAUUUGUGUAAAUCUAUCGCUGAUUCCCCAAGCCUUAGAAGAACGACAAAAACAACAUAUGGGUUCUGUGGUUUCAAAACACGAACAGGAUAUUUCGGAUAUACUUGAGGAUGAUGAUGAUAACAUUGAAAUGGAACCAAAACAACUGAUCUACAGACAAGUCAUGGGCAACUUUUGGUUGUCAAAACCCCGAUUACGUCUAUCUAUGGAAUACAUCUCCGAAAACAACGUGGAAAUGAAAAAAUCCAGUCGACGUAUUAUCAAGGUUUUGCAUAGCAGUUGCAUGGACACCAAUGGAAGCUGUUCGGUUCGGAUAUGUGACCAAGGUGUUGUAUAGUUGGGGUUUCUAGCUUAGCCUACGAUGUAUUUGCUGUUUUUGUUGCUUGAUACUGUUUUAUAACCCUUUUGCCGGGAACUAAGGCAUCACCCAAACCUGGACGCUUUCGAGACUUCGAUUUCGCUUCACUACUUUCCAUUGAUUGUCCUAAUUGGGCGGAUUUAGCUAUUGUAACAUUGACGGGAACUGUAUUUGCUGUUUUUAUUGGUAUCUGUAAUUGAAUUAUGGAUAAGUUAUCGAAAUUAAAUAAAUGUAUUUUUAAUACCUCCUCGCCA